AUGUCCCCACCAACCGCCGAGACCUUCAUCAAGAAACAACUGAUCAUUGAGAAGAACAUUGUCACAUUUCGUUCACUCAGUCGAGCUUUGGCUGUACACGUCAAUCAGGCCAAAAAUGAACUGGGAGCAUAUCACUGUGCGGCGACUGCCCGAGGCGACAAAUCUUCGUCUGCGACAUAUAUGCUCGUAGGAGAAAGGCGGCUCACGCGACAAGACUACGCGGACGUUGAUGAGGAAGACGACCAAAUGAGAGACUUGGAAGAAGUUGAGGAUGAGGAGCAUAUCAUGGAGACGACCGUGCUACUAGUCCCCGAGGCCGAUCUCGCGGAAUCGAAAAAGAAGCUAUCGCGUGUGUUGUCUGUACACAUUUACUGCCUUUCACCCUCCCCGAUACAUGAUGCAGCGCUUAUAUGCGAACCGACACCUCUCGUCCGCAAAACCGAUGUGGAGAAGGCAGCGGAUCCGGGCUUCGCAUCUACUGUGGGGAGGAUAGUGGGUCAGGAUGUGAAGCUACAAGGGAAGGCGCCGUUAGCUACACGCGACAUGAAAGGAAAGACGAAAGCCAUCGCCGACGCCGCCAAAGCUGCGAUCCCGAUCCAGCCGGUUCCCAAACCCGAGCCCGCUCCAGCGCAGGAGGCGAAUCUGCCUAAGGCGGAAGACGCGAAGGCGAGCAGGCCUGAACCGGAGGCCCCUAAGAAGACCGACAUAAGACCGAAGCCGACUGGCAAGCUCGACUUCAGCAAGGCGAAGACGAAGAAGGACAAGGAGAGGGAGAAAGAGGAGCAGGCCAAGAUCAAGGCGGAGAAACACGAGGCGGGGGCAGAGGUUGCCAAGAAGAAGGAAGUCGCGAGUAAGAAAGAGGUUUCGGAGCAGAACUCGAAGAAGGCGGAAGACGAGAAGAAAGCAGGGCAGACAAAGACGAAAUCAGUGGAAAAGCGUGGCACAAAACGCAAGUCCACGAACGCGUUGAUGUCUGAUGACGAAGCCUCUGAAUCCGGGUCCGGAUCCGCGAAUGCGAAGUCCACCGCGAGCAGCGCCGUGCCAUCGCGCGCGUCGAGCAGUCGGCCCGAAGUGAAAGUAGGGCCUCCGACCAGAGCAACGACUACCAAAACGGUCAAACGCGGCAUCAUCUUGUCCGACGACGAGGAUGAAGAACAAGUGGUAGCUAAGAAGAGCGCGAAAGGCAAGGCGAAAGCUACGGUCUUAGAGUCGGACGAGGAGAGCUCAAAGAGCGCGCGAGCGAUGUGGGAUAUGGAUGAUGACGAAGUCGAGCGAGUUACGCAUUCGAAAGCGACGUCGCCAGCGGCAUCGCCAGAACCGGGGGACGAUACGGACAGGAUGGACGUGGACGACGACGUGGAACCGGUCCCGAAGAAGCCCCGCAAGAAGAAGGAACAGAAGGUGUGGCCGGUUGGAAGCAAUGGCCUGAGAAAGAAACGCACGGUGAAACGCAAGAUGACCGUCGACGACAAGGGAUACACCGUGUUCGAAGAUGUCUCCGAGUACGAGUCGGUUGAUGAAGAAGACGAGGAAGGACAGUCGGCGGAGGGGCCUGCUGCUGUGCCUACCAAGCCGGCGACAUCGAAGGAGCCCCCCGCCGCCAAGGACGCCAAGAAGAAGGUGCUGAAGCCCUCGGGCGGCACGGGCGGUGGAGCGAAGAAGGCGAUAAAAUCGGACGGGAAGAAAGCAAAUGCCAAGGCAACUCUAGCUGGCUUCUUCAAUCCGACCAAGAAAUAAUGCAUACGGAACAGAAUACUUUACUACAUUUGAUUAUCCCUAUGAUAGUAUGCAAUACAGUUGCAGCGCGAGC